AUGCCAUUCAGCGAGCCUAACGAAAAUCAAAAACAAUAUAAUGCAAAUGUUGUUGAAGUAAACCCUUCCUGUUUGAAAGCCUAUUCGUCAUCGUUCCCAACCUUGUUGUUCCCAAACCCUAUGCCAUGUGGUAUAUCAAUUGUCAACGAAGUCUCAGAUAAGAAACAUAUCGUCAACUGUGUACCAGAUGCUGUGCGAUCAAGUCCCACCUUGAAAGCCGUCAAAUAUCCACCACGAUACCCGCCUAAAGCACUCGUCCCAAAUUCCGAAGCACAAUCUUUCAUAAUCCUCCUGCAUAUUCUCCUAUCUCCCCUGCAAAUUAAGUAUCCAUUCAAACAUUAUCCCCAUUCCCAAUUGAACAGACCAGAUGUGAAAAUCGAGCUGACCAUUUGUCCACACCAUUAUCUCACAACCCUGACCAACCUGGCAAGAUAUGAUUUAUAA